UUAACAAACAAUUUCAACCGGGAACCUUCAAUAGUUACAAAAUGGGCUAUACCUGUAUCGUUCGCAGGUUUGGCUUUUGUUGGAACUUGUGUGGCUAAUAUGCUGACUAAAAAACCAAUGAUGUCAGGCAUUCAGAAACACAUCCUUCUGACAGCUAGUUUUGGUGGAUUUGGUUAUAUCGCAGAUAAAUAUCGUAAUGAUUAUUAUGCAGAAAGAGAUGCUAUGUACCGACAUUAUAUUUCUUUACAUCCUGAAGAUUUUCCAGAACCAGAGAGGAAAAAGUAUGGUGAUCUAUUUCUACCCUGGACACCUAUUCGUUAAGAAAAUUGUUCUGCACUUAUUAGAUACAUAAUCCAAAAUGUAAAUAUAACACAAAUAAUUAUAUUGUACUAAUUUAUACAAUUCAUUAUGUAGAAACUUAUGAUGAAUAAAUAAAUGGCUUGAUUUAGAGA